UUCUUCACGUCAACUCUGAACUUGGCAUGUGUGGUAUUCUCAGCCCUGAUGCUAUGGAAAGGCAUCAUGCUAUACACGGGCUCAGAAAGUCCCAUUGUUGUGGUAUUGAGUGGCUCGAUGGAGCCUGGCUUUCACAGAGGAGAUAUACUUUUUUUAACACUAAAAACACAGGAUCCUUUCGAACCCGGUGACGUGUCUGUCUUCUCUAUUGAUGGUCGCGAUAUCCCCAUCGUUCACCGAAUUGUCAAUGUUCACGAAGAGGAGAGCGGUCGCGUCCGUAUAUUGACGAAAGGAGAUAAUAAUAUGGUGGAUGAUCGUGGUUUGUAUAACUACGGUCAGCUGUUUAUUGAGCGAAAGAACAUCAUGGGAAGGGCCCAAGG